GAUGUCCCGCAGGUCUCAGCCUUUUCUCCCUGUGACAUAAUCGUGGCUUUUUGUUUUUAAUGAGGACGGUGACCGCUUUUUGUCAUCAUGUCCUUGUCCACGUUUCAGAAGGUCACCCUUGGGACGUGUCUUGUGCUGUGCGUGGCUCUGCUCCUUCCCAAAAUGCUGCUGUCUCGAGGGAAGAAGGAUGAGAGUUCAGGACGCUUCCCACCGAUGUUACACCGACAGAUGGCUCCAGACGUUCGAGGCCAGAGGACUACAGCCUCACACCUCUCCAAGGCUCAUGGUCCAGACACCAUAGCUCGGGCUAAAGGAGCAGGAACUGGUGCAGGAACCGGAGGCAAAUCCAACUUGGCAGGGCAGAUCAUCCCUGUGUACGGCUUUGGGAUCUUACUCUACAUCCUCUACAUACUGUUCAAGAUCACAUCCAAGGGGAGCAGUAAGCCUGCAGAGAGCGUGUUUCCUUCAGUUCGAUCAGAAAACAUGAAGAGAAAGAUCACUGACUUCGAACUGGCACAGCUGCAGGAGAAGUUGAGGGAAACCGAGCUGGUGAUAGAGAAUAUUGUUUCAAAGUCCCACCACAGUCCUGACCGGGAGGGUGGAGUGACGGCUGACCAGGAGGCGAGUCUCCUGCAGCACCUGACAGAGAUAACUCGGGUGAUGCAGGAGGGCCAGCUGGUGGAGGGAACAGCUGCAGAGAAGAAGACUCAGGAUGACUGGGACGGUACACAAAUACUUCAGUAUUAUCCAGAGGAGUCUCAUCUGUACUGGGAGAAGACCAGGUGCUCUUGCCACCACCAGGGUCCUCAGGUACAGAAGCCAGAGGCAGACAGCACAGACGUGAUGGAAGACAGUCCUGAGCACAUUAUGGACAGAGCAGAAGCUCAAAAAGCAGAGAAUCUUAAUAAAGAAUCCUUUACAGCAGCAAAAGAAGCACCAAAGACUGAUUUGGGGACUGACAAGGAGGUAAAAGGUGAAAACAACCUGGGUGUCCCAGAGGCCAUGACUGGAAUUAAGGAGCCAAACAUGGAGCUCAGGAACAUCAGCCAGCCGGCAGAGAAGCACACUACCUGCAGUCAGGUCAGACGGAGGAAGAUGAAAGAAAAGAUGUGCACUGACAUGCUGCUUUAGUUUAGAAUUAUACCUGG